UCUCUCAAACUUUCUCCACUCUGCACUGUACCCUCCGGCACUUUAAUCCAGGCCUGUUUGUUUAUUUAUUUCUAUAAUAUAUAUAUUUUAUUACUUCUUUUUUUUUCAUUAACUGUAGUUGUUCUUGUAGCUCAAGCACAGUUAUUGAUACAUUUAUGACGAGCUGGUCAUUUUGAAGAUUUCAGCACGAGUGAAGUUUGGUAUGACAACAUGAAUUCACCUUACACAGCUGUGCAGUAUUACCCAGAGUUUCCCUUUCACCGACUCAGGGACCCCUCAUCUUGUUUGUCCUGGAGAGAGAGCUCAUUCCUCACCACCAUGUCCCAGAAUCAGUCAGCACAGACAAGUGACUUCUUCAGCCAAGAUGUAUUCAACCAACUGUUUGAUAUGCUGGACCAAUCUGCUAUUCACUCAGUCCAGCCCAUUGAGCUGAAUUUCACUGAGAGGCCAACAGAUGGAUCUACAGGAAACACCAUUCAGAUCAGCAUGGACUGCAUAACCAUGCAUGAGCCAGAUGAGAUGCAUUCUGUAAGGGGCCUGUGCUCUCUUGAACUGGUGAUUAAUGACUCCACCCCCACCACCCACUUUCCUCUGCACCCAAAGAGGGGCGUGGUGGGGUGA